AUGAGAGUCUGUUUGGAUGAAUCGGAGUUGAUUCCGUCGGUAUGCAUUGUCCAGUCGAAGUUGAUCAUCAUGGAUAAUAUCCGAUUUGACACCUCAUUGAUGAGAAGGAUCUUCUUGAUGUUGCAUUUGGAGGCUUCGGUAAGAUCUUUGAAGAUUUCGGGACUGGGAUAUUGGUCAUGAGACAUGAAAGUUUUGGUGUGGGGCAAAUUUUAUGUUUUGGGCUUAUGUUUUUUAGCAAAAUUUUAUGUUUUAAAAUUUAUAUUAAAAAUACGGUCAGAAUUUAUUAAGGGAGUGUAAAAAAGCUCAAGCUUGAAAGGCCGAUCGUUUUUGGUCCGAAAUUUGCUGAUUUUUGUAUAAAAUACGGCAAAAAUGACGAAAAAUGCCCGAAUUUUUUUCUUCCACCCACAAUUUUUUUAUGAACGGCGUUGCUGGUCCUAAACACUGUAAAACUCAAAAAAUUAGACUUACAAGCUUCCAAGAUUCAAAUUUAGCGGAAAUCGAUCUAUCGCGUUGUAACAAAUGAUAUCAAGGCCAAUUUCGGCUGUAUUUCGAGAAAAGUGAUACCCGGCGGGCUUUACAGUUAUCCCCACCAGCCAUGAAAUUACUUUCUUUAGAAAGCUUUUUAGUCAUAUUCUCCUGGAAUAUUACACUCCGAGGCCUGCUGGUGUAUUUUCAAGGCCAUUAGGCCUAGUUUUUUUUAUUUUUGGCGGGAUUUACGGUAGAAACCCACCAGCCAAAAAUGGAUCGUCAAAAUUUAGUAUUUUUCUGAUGAAUUUCCAAUAUAAGGAAGUCUUGAGUUUCAAAUCAAAUACAUGAGGCAAUUAGAGCUCAAAGCCAGCUGGUUCGAGCCCUUUUUUUGAGUCUUUAACUCCAAAAUUAUGUUGUAGACAUCAGAUAUCAGGACCAAGGGAAGUUUUAAUAUUUUUGCAUAUUACUGCCCCUAAGCUCAAAGUAAAUCAUCUCAAAUCGGCUUAAAAAUAUUCUGCGGGUCUCAAAGCAGGGAUUUCGUCAUCAAAAUACCCAAAAAAAUCCAGUGUCAUCAUCUACUACAAUAUCAUUAUUUUAGGAUUUUUUCGAUCAAAGAUGGUGCUAUAAACAAGCCAAAAGAUGUCAAAAGGAAUGUCGAAAUGGCUGUGGUAAUUUGAAUUUACCUCAUGAUGACGGAUCUCCUGGAACUUUGAUGACAAGAUUCCAACUUUGA